CUCGACUCAGCGUCAAAAUGAAAUUUCAUCGGUUACGGAACUUACUGAUGAUCUUUUCACAUGACGAAACAAGAUUCUUCACAUACUAUAAACCUGUCCCUUAUAUACUUCUAAGAUGUUAAACACUUCCUCAAGUGAAGAUGAUGAAUACGUUGGCUCGUCAGGGAAUUUUGGUGAUGAUGAUCAGAAUGUGGCCUGGUUGCACUAUGAGGACAGGAACAUUCAUAAGAUUGACCGGGUAUCUAAGCCACAAGUUAACAACCUACUGAACUCCGAACCAUUACCACCAAAUGACAAGAUUAAUCUAAAGUAUAAGACAACUGAUCAAAGUUUGGCCAUAGGAUGGAAACAAAUGCAAUAUGAUCAAAUCUCUAAUGUUCAUAGCCCAUUUAUCGAUGCCCAACGGCGUCCACGUUUAAGAGAUUGUGUUAGUAAAGUUACAGAAUCAUCAAAGAUGGAUUUUACACUGAAUACUGGGGUAGCUCCUCAAGAUACAAGUGUGCCUGUUACUACCUCAACACAUUUCAGUGUAAGCUUUGAGAGUCCUUUGGAAGCUUCCUCGUUAGGAGCACGACUUAGUCCUGUUGGUAGUAGUUGUUGGUCAUCUGAACAACAUAUCUCACCAGAUUUGACAUCACUUAUGAGUAGUAGCACAAAUUCUGUAUCUGCUGGGAUAUCAUUAAGUUCGGGUCGUCAGCAUGCUCUGAAAUCAUUACUCCACAGGCAGCCAUCAGCUGGAACAGGAUGUUCUGGUGGUACUUUGUCAACAGAAGCUGGACAAUUACAAUCUGCCUCAAAUUCUGUUCGUUCUGCUCCUUUAUGUGCUAGCCAAGUGACCAAGUCGAAGUGGAACAAACAAAUGGGAAUAAAUAAGAAUGCAAAUUUACAACAUUUUGCACCACCUCCACCGUCAUUAGUAAUCAGUGAUCCAGAAGAGGAAAUGCACAAUAAACGUUUACAAUUAUAUGUUCUAGCUAUUCGAUGUAUUGCCUAUCCACUUCUUAACGCCAAUACUACUGGUCAAAAUAGAAGAUAUCUACGAGUAACAAAAGAUUAUUUAAAUAUUUUGAAGGAACGUUUUCAGUUGUAUUUACGUGGAGAGUUAGCAAUUAGUAGUGAUGAUGCAUUUCAUACUGCUGUCAAUGAAUUUUUUGAAGCUGUUCUUAAUAGUGAUCGUCUUUUAAAUAUGGUUAAAUCAGGAAGUUGUUCAAUGUAUGAUAUUCGAGAAAUUUUUAUUGCAAAUAUUGAAAAACAAUUUCAAGGUAUUCAACCAGUUGAAGGUUUAUCUAAAGAAAGUGUAUUAAGUGCAUGGAAAAUUAAAUUUGAUCAAAUAUGUCGUGGUGGUGAAGGACCAUGUCCUGAAGCAAUGAAAUUAGCUGUUCCACAACCAGAACCAAUAGCAUUAUCUAAUGAACAAUUAUAUGAAUUAUUAAUGCGUACUUUAACCAUUGAAAAGUAUGAACAUCAAAUUUUAUAUAAUGCAUGUCAACUUGAUAAUAUGGAUGAACAAGCGUCUCAAAUCAAAAGAGAACUAUCAGAACGUUUAAUACAAAUUGACAAAAUGUAUAAAGAACGUUCAUUUCCUAAAAUGGUACAUAAAGAAAUGGAGAUGCAGUAUAUUGAAGAAGAAAAACUCAGAGUGAAUGGAUUAAUGAGACGUCUAGAUUCGAUACCAGCUCUUAAAACACAUUCCACAGGUGUGAAUCCAGCUCAUAGACAUUUAAGAAAACAUCCUAUAAAAACAAUUUUAUCUAAUUGGCACACUGGUGGGACAAGUAGAAGCAACAGAUCUGUACGUGAUACUGGUUCCGUAACUGAUCUUUGGUCACGACAACUGGAGAUGGAUUCAUCAAGAUCAUCUUUAUCAAUUACAGAUGAUUUACAUUUAAUGAGUGAAGUUAUUCAGCCCUCUUCAAUGUUUCUAACUCAUGAAAUUUCAAGGGAGGCUAUGCAGGUUUCUUCAACAAUUGAAAUAUUGGUUCAUCAAGUCAGAAAUAUUCAAAGUUUACCACGUUCAAAGAAACUUUAUUGUGCUAUAGAACUGGAUAGUACACCAGAUCGGAAGAGAACAGAAUCCGUAGAGGUUAAUAAACCUGUAUGGAAUACAACUGCAGAAUUUCAAACAUCUCAAAUUCUUCCAGUUAUCAAAGUAAAGGUUUUCAAAGAAUGUUCAGGGCCAUUAACACUGGAUGAUAAAGAACUUGGAAGGGUAACUUUUAAUAUAACUUGGUCAAGUCCACGCACCCCACUUUGGUAUAAAUUACAAAAUACAAAACAUUGUCAUGAUCCUGUUGAAAUACAAAUCUCAGUGUCUAUGCAACGCCCAACUAAUUGUAAAUAUAGUAAUUAUUGCUGGAUUCAAGGUCGUUCCACAUUUAAAAAAUGGAAACGACGUUAUGUUUGUAUCAUACAAAUAUCACAAUACACAUCAAUAUUGGCAGCAUUUGCUGAACAGAAAUCUCAACCAUCAGAAUCAGUUGUAUUAGAUGGAUUUACUGUAGACUAUUGUGAACCAAGAACAGAUUUGAUGAAUAUGGCUGCGUUUGGCAGAAACAAUAAACCUGAACACCAUGGAUCAACCACAUCUUUAACAUCCUUAUCAAGGUUAAGACUCAGUACAUUGGGAAGAAUAACUAGUCAACGACAUGUAGGCAGUAAUCCUCUCGGUGGAUUAGAAUGUGAUUAUUCGCCAAGGUUUUUCUUCAAACUUGUCCGAGAAGGUGACACAAUAAUUAUAGCAUCUUCUGCUGAAGUAGAUCGUCAGAAUUGGAUACAAGCUCUUUAUCGAGCGACCGGUCAGACACACAAACCUACAUUACCAGGAGCAUCAAAUGUCUCAGCCAUUAUCAGUGAUCAAAAGAAAAGUACUGUUGAUAUUGAAACUGGUCAAAAUAAAACAAUUGAUCGAUUCGCUUCAAUACCUAUACAUACCCUUGAUCACUUGGAAUAUUUCAUUAUUUUACAAUCAUCAAGUUUAGAUUAUCGGUUAACUGAUCCAUUUGUUUCACUUGGCUGUUUAAGUCCAACUCAACGAUAUUUAUUAGAUGAAUAUUGUACACGUUAUGGUAUACGUGAAUGUCAACGUCACUUAGCAAUGUUAAUUAAUUUAUUAAAUAAAAUUGAAAAUGGUAUGAGUAUAGAUCCAGAUUUAAUUCAUAUCAGUUAUUCCUUAUGUGCUAAUCAUGUUAGCGGUAAAGCUCAACAUGAUCAAGCCGUACAUACAGUGUUAGCAAUGGAACGUGAUCAAUUUCAAAUUAUUAGAACUCGACUGACAACACUUUUAGAAAAACAAAUUACUGAAUUUCGUUAUUGUUUCCCAUUUGGUCGUCCGGAAGGUGCAUUGGAAAAAACAAUUAGUCUGUUGGAAAGAGUUUUAACAAAAGAAACCGGUGAACCAGCUUCAGCUGAACUUGUUCGUAAUGUUAUACGUAAUUGUUUAAGAAAUGCAGCUGUAUUGAACUAUGAACGAAUUUCUGAAUAUGUUAUGAUUGAAGUCGUUUCUGGACCACGAGUUAAAAACACAAAUAAAGAAAGCAGAAAAAUUCAUGAAAUGUAUCAUUUAGCUGAACUUUGUAUCGAAGUACUUAAACAAAAUGAACAACAUCACUCUGAGUCAUUCUCCUGGUUCAAUGAUUUAUUUGUUGAGCAUACAGAGAAUUUUUGGUAUUUAUUUCAAAUGGAUCUAUUCGAAUUAUUGGAUAGAUUACCAGAAGAUUGUUGGGAAGUGUUCGAUUUAUUUCAAUUAUUGAAUAAUUACCUAUUAAAUGAUUCUAAUUUAUCUAAUGGUCGAUUUCAUUAUGAAUUAGCUAAUCGUUUUACACCAUUGGUAGAUCGAUAUAUUGGAUUAAUGGCGGAUUCUAUUGAACAAGCAUUAAUAGAGGGAUGUAAGAAUGAACGUUGGAUUCCAGCCUCGAAAUUAGACAGAAAUGAAGGUACAAGUGAACUUCGUAUCAAUAAUAUUUCACAACAUAAAGCUGAGUCUUUAUUAAGUGUUCACAAUUCCUUAGCAUCGUUUACUAAAAUGGAAGAUAUUGGAAAACCCAAUGAAACCUCAUCAAUUAAUAUACCAGCUUUUCACCAUACCGAUAUUGAAUGGAAUUCGUCUAAUUGUUCAACUAAAAAUAUUCAGAAUAAAGAGAAAUCAGCAACACCACAAACAACAACAUCAACUGGUUCAGAAUUAUAUCGAUAUUCAUCGGGUAAUUUCAAUAUGAUUGGAAGUCAAACAUGCCAAACCGUUAUUGAACUCUUAUGGAGAUUAUAUAAAUUAAAAAAAUUUAUUCAUGAAUUAAAUUGGCCUCAAUCGGUUUUAGCUGAAGCAUUGGAUGAAAGGGUGUGCAUACUAUGUGCACAAAUGCUUCGAGAAGUUGUAAAACGUACUCUAAUAGAACUAGAAUCAUUAGUUAGAAAAUGUGCCAAAACUGUGGAUCUAAUUCUUCCAUUAGAAUGUUUUACAAUGUUAAAUACAAUUAGUGAAUUAAGAGCUCAUUUAUUUUCAUUAUGUCAUCCAACUGAUCCAGUAAAUAUGGUAAUCAAUAAUACUAGUAAUAAUAUUACACGAUCACAUCGUCAACCAGUUAGGAAUGCAACUCAAUUACAUAUGGAAACUCAAGAAUUCUUUGAAAGUGUACAGAAAAAUAUGAUGGUUAUCAUUAUUGAUCAUUGUAUGAUUAUUUUAAAUGGUGUAUUGAAGAAGUUAACAAGAUUUGAUGAAAAUAAGCUAUUUUCAUCGAUUCUUGUAUUAACUAAACCAAAUGAUGAAGAAGGUCAAGCCUAUGGAACUUUUCUUCAUAUAAAUUUACAAAAUUUAAGUGAAAAUUUAGUUGACGAAGUUUCUAUGCUUUCUAUGUUAGAAAUAUGGUAUACACGUCAAAUGAAAGCUAUUUACGAUUGGUUAAUUCAACGUAAAAGUAUUCUACUUCAUCCACAUCAAAUUAAAUGUCUUUCAAUUAUUGUUAAAAAAAUUUUCAGUGCCUUUGAAUUACAAGGCUUGCCUAAAAAUGUAUUAAAUACUAUUGUAUAUCAAACCGUUAUUCAAAGAAUUCAGGUUGAAGAAACAACACAAUGUGUUAAAAAAGAAGCUCGAUCUAGUGGAAGUUUAACAAGUUCUACAAAUCGUAAUAAAUUAUUAAGUAAUCUUGGUGAAAGUAUAACAUCAUUCACUGGAAGUCCUAUAUUUCAUCGAUCCUAACAUAUAAUGUAGUAUUAUUUGUUUUUCUUUUGUACUACAGUUAGGAAAACAAGAUAGAACAGAAAAAAAGCAAACAAUGUGUUUGAUGUGCAUUUGAUUUAUUUCUGUAUAGUUUUCAUGAAUUUAUUCAAUUAUUUUAUUGUUAAUAUUGUAAAACAAACAAAAAACACAAUCAAGAUUGAACAGUAAUACACCAAGUCUUUCAUUAAUUAAUUUAAGAGAGAGAGAGAAAACAAAUUAUACAGAAAUUGUACUAUUUUUCUACAAAAUAAUAAGAGAACAUUAUACAUAUAGAUAUAUAUAUAUAAAUAAAUCGUAUGGAUUAAUAUACUACUUUGUUUAUUUUGUAAGUAAUAACUGUAUUUUAUAUUAAACAAAUUGAAUAAUAA